AUGGUGCUCGAGCAGUACGACGAAGCCGAGCAGCGACUGUUUUACACGAUCGUCAUGGGCGGUGGUGGUGACGAUAUUCACUUUGGUAUCUACAGAGACGCGAAAGAUGGGGUGCGCGAGUCGAGCGCGGCGACGACGGCGUGGAUGAUGACGCAGUUGGACAUGGCGCGACCGAUCGGGGCGGGGGAUAAGUUGCUGGACAUCGGAAGCGGGCACGGCGGCGGAUCGCACGCGUUGGCGAAGAAGUACGGAUGCUCGGUGAUGGGAUAUAACAUUGGACCGGGACAAAACGCGCAGAACAUCGCCAAGGCGAAGGAGCUCGGCCUGGGCGAUCUCGUCGACGCGGUCGUCGGGGACAUUAACAAGCCGUUUCCGGCGGAUUGGACGAAUUCGUUCGACGGCGCGUGGUCGUGCGAGGUGUUGUGCCACGCCGGCGAUAAGCCCGAAUUAUUCAAAGAAGUCGCGCGCGUGUUGAAGCCGGGCGCCGCGUUCGUGUUUUCGGACAUCAUGGGUGCCGACGGCGCCGAUGAAAAGACCCUCAAGGGAUUCACCGAUCGCAACGCCACCACGGUGAUGGGUCGCCCGUCCACGUACCUGCAGUGCAUGAAGGAUGCCGGACUGGAUUACGUCACGUGGUGGGACGGCAGCAAUCACUUGGAAACGUAUUUCCGCGACAUGAUCAAGCAGAUUCACACCCAUCGCGAAGAGAUGCUCUCCAAGGGUUUGACGGAUAAGUACCUCGACAAUUGGCUCGAGUCGCUCACCGAGCGCGCGGACACUCAACGCGAUCACGGCGUCUUCGCGUGGGGCGUCUUCGUCUGCCGUAAACCUUUAAACUAA